AACUCGGUUUUGAAACUCAGGGCAGGGAGAGGAAGUCGGAAGCUUUGAGGAAGCUUUGCUGUCGGAAAAUGGCUGUGAGUAAUGAAACUCCCAUAGUUCUUUCACUUGAUAAUGCAGAGUAUCCCGAUGAAGAGAAUUUGGAUUCCAUCUCUGCAGAAUCGUUUGUCCCACAAGUGCAAGAAAAGGAGAAGUCUAAUGUUCCUCAGGCAUCAUGCUCAGGCUUGCACCUUAACUCCAAGAAAAAGCCCACACCCAAGUCGAAGGGUAAACCAGCCAUAAACUCUUUCCUCCCCUGGAAACUGCUACUACCAAAACGUGGUAUCUCCAAGAUAAUUUUCAUGGUGGUGGCUUCCACUGAAAAACAAACUGGCAUAUCCUUGCAAGCUCUUAAGAAGAGUGUUGCAGCCACUGGCUAUGACCUUGAGAAGAGGAAGAAUAACUUCAAGAGGGUCUUGAGAGCCUUGCUUGCCAAAGGUUUGUUGAGAAAGCUUACCGGGCGGGGACUUACAGGCUCCUAUGCGAUCAGCAGGCUAAUGUUGAGGGUCCUGAGGAGAAGGAAGAAGAAGAGAAGGAGGAGAAGGAUGAGGAAGAGCAUGGCCUUAAGUGUGAAGAAAAAGAGGGUCUCCAAGAGGAGGAAGAGAAGAACAAAGACCCAGCCUGUCACAGAUUGCAGCCAGAAAGCUCAGGAAAUCUAAAACUUGCAUAGAGUCACAAGCUGAUGGUGUAAGAUUUCCAAAGCUGAAGCUGUGUCAGAAAAGUAAUAAUAAAGUGAUUGUCUUAAUUCAAAUGUCUGGUUUAUGGUGCUAAUUAUUGGGGGCUGAGACGGCAAGCUUAAGUCUGCAAAUAUG